AAGAGAGGGAAAGGCGACGUCCACCGAGCUGGCCACGAUUGGUUGCGCCUGGUCGCGCCUCCUGUGACAUCAGGGGCAGAGACCAAUGGGAGUCCCAGGACUGUCUCGCGGGAAGGAGGUGUGGGAGGCCGAGAUACGUUACCUCAAAUAUGUCGCUUGUCGCGUCUGGGAGCUUCUUGGUUUUUUCUUUUGAGCGUUUUAUGGCUUAUUUCCUAAUCCUCCUUCGGUAUGAAGUAAGGCCGGAGGCUCUGACUCCCUGACGCCCCGGCGCCUCGCACGUAGUAGGCCCUAAGGUGUGUGUUCCCUGAAAUAAGACUCCGAGUGAACCUGCUCACGUAGGGAGAUAGCGGCCAGCCGAGGAGCCGGCGACACGGCCGCUCUCUCGUUCGGGUUCCGUACCUGCGACAGGAAGAUGACAGCGCCCCUCCCAGUGCUUCGAGAUGGGAGCCCAAGCAGGGGGCGGCCCCCCUGCUGCCAGUAUCUGGGGGUUUGCGGUAGCUGUUGAUGGUCCUCCAGGGAGAGAGGUGGCAAGAUGGGGGGGCGGGGGGAAGAGCUCGUCAGAGCCUGGAAACGUGGCUCCCCGUCCUUGCUGUGUUCCUUCUCCCUGUGGUUUCCAGGACCAGUCACCUAACAUGACGCCUCAAGCUCUUCAUCACCAAAAAUGUUUUGCGGCAGACCAGCCGCAGCCAUGAUGAGCACCAAGGCCUUCACCUUGGUCCCCGCUGUGGAGCGGGAGCUGCUGCAGGGCGACAAGGAGCGGGUCUCGCUGGAGUGCGUGGAGUGCUGUGGCAGGAACCUGUACCUGGGCACCAGCGACUGCUUCGUGCACCACUUCCUGCUGGAGGAGAAGGUCUUGCCCGCUGGCACGGCCACCUUCACGGCCACCAAGCAGCUGCACAGACACCUGGGUUUCAAGAAGCCGGUGAACGAGCUGCGGGCGGCGUCGGCGCUGAGCCGGCUGCUGGUGCUGUGCGACAGCUCCAUCACCCUGGUCCACAUGCUGAGCCUGGAGCCCGUGCCCUCGGGCGCCCGCAUCAAGGGCGCCACAGCCUUCGCCUUGAACGAGAACCCGGUGAGCGGGGACCCAUUCUGCGUGGAAGUCUGCAUCAUCUCCGUCAAGCGCAGGACCAUCCAGGUGUUCCUGGUGUACGAGGACCGCGUGCAGAUCGUCCGGGAGGUGUCCACGCCGGAGCAGCCCCUGGCCGUGGCGGUGGAUGGCCACUUCCUGUGCCUGGCGCUCACCACCCAGUACAUCAUCCUCAACUACAGCACGGGCGCCGCCCAGGACCUGUUUCCCUACUGCGGGGAGGAGCGGCGGCCCAUCGUCAAGAGGAUAGGGAGACAGGAGUUCCUGCUGGCGGGCCCUGGGGGCCUGGGCAUGUUCGCCACGGUGGCCGGGAUAUCUCAGCGCGCCCCAGUGCACUGGUCGGAGAAUGUGAUCGGGGCGGCUGUCUGCUUCCCGUACGUCAUCGCCCUGGAUGACGAAUUCAUCACGGUGCACAGCAUGUUGGACCAGCAGCAGAAGCAGACCCUGCCCUUUAAGGAAGGACACAUUCUACAGGAUUUCGAAGGAAGAGUGAUUGUCGCCACAAGUAAAGGUGUUUACAUCUUGGUUCCAUUACCUCUGGAAAAACAGAUUCAGGACCUUCUAGCCAGCCGCCGAGUGGAAGAGGCUCUGGUCCUGGCGAAAGGCGCCCGGAGGAACAUUCCAAAGGAGAAAUUUCAGGUGAUGUACAGGAGGGUUCUGCAGCAGGCGGGCUUCAUACAGUUUGCACAGCUUCAGUUCCUGGAAGCUAAGGAACUCUUCAGAAGCGGCCAGCUCGACGUGCGGGAGCUCAUCUCCCUCUGCCCCUUCCUGCUGCCUGCCUCCUCGUCCUUCACCCGCUCCCACCCUCCCCUGCACGAGUUCGCAGACCUAAGCCAGCUGACCCAGGGCGACCAGGAGAAGGUGGCCAAGUGCAAGCGCUUCCUCAUGAGCUACUUGAAUGAGGUCCGCAGCACGGAGGUGGCCAACGGCUGCAGGGAGGACAUCGACACGGCCCUGCUCAAGCUGUACGCGGAGGCCAACCACGAGAGCCUGCUGGACCUCCUGGUCACCGAGAACUUCUGCCUGCUCCCCGACAGCGCCGCCUGGCUGGAGAAGCACAAAAAAUACUUUGCCCUGGGACUGCUCUACCACUACAACCACCUGGACGCCGCAGCAGUUCAGCUCUGGGUGAACAUUGUCAAUGGGGACGUUCACGACGCCACCCGCUCAGACUUGUACGAGUACAUCGUGGACUUCCUCACCUACAGCCUCGACCCGGAGCUGGUGUGGAAGUACGCCGACUGGGCCUUGCAGAAAAGUCAGGAGGUUGGAGUUCAGGUUUUCACCAAGAGACCCUUGGACUCACAGCAGAGCAGCUUUAACCCGGCUGAUGUUAUCGCUUGCCUUAAGAAAUACCCUCAGGCUCUGGUUAAGUACCUGGAGCAUCUCGUCAUGGACAGGAGGCUGCAGAAGGAGGAGUACCACACGCACUUAGCUGUCCUCUACCUGGAUGAGGUGCUGCAGCAGAAGCCCGGCGCCACCGGCCAGGGCACAGAGGUGACCGAGACGCAGGCGAAGCUGCGACACCUGCUCCAGAAAUCCGACCUGUACCGCGUCCACAUUCUGCUAGACAGGAUCCGGGGUGCCGGGCUCCCCAUGGAGCGGGCCAUCCUGCACGGGAGGCUGGAGCAGCACGAGGAGGCGCUGCGCAUCCUCGUGCACGAGCUGGGGGACUUCGCGGCGGCCGAGGACUACUGCCUGUGGCGCUCCGAGGACAGGGACCCGCCCUACCGCCGGCGGCUCUUCCACCUGCUGCUGGGCCUCUGCCUGCGGCCCGGCCCCUCCGCGCACGAGCUGGCCGUGGCCGCCGUGGACCUGCUGAACCGCCACGCCACCGAAUUCGAUGCCUCCCAGGUUCUGCAGCUGCUGCCCGGCACCUGGUCGGUGCAGCUGCUCCGCCCAUUCCUGAUGGGGGCGGUGAGGGACAGCGUGCACGCCCGGAGGAGCGCGCAGGUGGCCGUGGGGCUGGCCAGGUCUGAAAACUUGAUCUACAAAUAUGACAAGAUGAAACUGAAGGGAAGCUUCGUUCGGCUCUCAGACAAAAAGCUUUGCCAGAUGUGCCAGAACCCCUUCUGUGAGCCCACGUUUGUCAGGUACCCGAACGGGGGUCUGGUCCACACCCACUGUGCGGCCGGCAGACACACGAACCCCAGCUCCCCCAGCCCUGGGACUCGGACUUGAAAAGACCAGCCGAGGGCUCUGACCCAGCCUGCCGGCUGCAGAGCGCGGGGGCCAUGGUGCCCACGUCGCUGUGGGAAAGGGACGGCACCUGGCGCCAGGGGACCUCAGUCCAUGGGGAAUGACUCUUGGCGGCUGACCCCCUCCAUCAGAUGUAAGUGGACAGUCCCCAAAAGAGAGACAGGCCUGAUUCAGGUACAUCACAACCCGGAACAGAAGUCUACUCUGGAAGGAAACAGGCCUCCCUGUGCCACCCAGACGAAGCGGACCCCCACCCGGCGCCCUAGUCUGUAGGCGCACAUUUGCACUGGAAACGUUUGCUUGGGGGGCACCGGGGACCCUGUCCUAGUGGGUAAGUGGCCAGGGUGCGGGACCUCCUGAGUCCUCUGCCUCCUCCCGCGGGGGCGUUCUCUGACCUCACCACUCGGCCACCGGCCCCUGGGCCUCCGGCCACCCCGUCAUCUGGCGGGCUCUGCCUUUGUCCUUGGGGACACCGACCUUAGGAAGUAUUGUUCCUUCCCACCUCCCGCCUGGCUCUCGACUCCUAAAAGAUUCUGCCUUGGGGACCCAAGCACUCCCUUUCGGGUAAAUUCAUUCACUUCUGGCCACCUCUUGAGUGAAGACCUCGAGAAGCUGAGGUCGCGUGGGGAUAUGCUUCCGGCGUGUCUGGACAUCCAUGGCGGGGACAGGGACCCGUGGCGCAUGGUCUGUGGGGGUGAAACUGCAACACACAUGUUUUCCGUUUUAUUUGAAGUUACAUCCUCUCAGUGAUUUCUCUCUUGGUUGGAGAUUCACCUGUCAUGUUCCAUUUGGGAUGCUUCCUCCUGUUCAAACACAUCCCCUGCUGAACACUCGGGAAAUGAAAAGGGAAACAAACAUUCCGGCCACAAGAGGACGUGUUCUCAGGGGCAGCGGGGGGGCCACCUGCACCCUGGGCAGGGUGGACGGUGGGUGGCGGCUGCCCCCCACGCGAGGGAGACGGCACCCCUCCCCAGGGCAGGCCCGCGCCCCGCGGGGCGGCCCAGCCGGCGGCCUCACCGCCCGGCACUUGCCGCGCAUGCGCCAUGGUUUCCCGCGCACACAGGACGGACGCCGCCCGGCACCCGAGACCCGCAUCCCUUCUGCGUUUCUGCCCAGCAGCGCGGAGCAGCUGGCGCUGCUGUUACUUCACUGCCCUCUUCUGAACCUCCUCGUGGGGAUUCCUGAUUCUGUCAGGAUCUAAGAAGAAAGACACUGUACCCCCCCCCCCCGUAAGACUUGCACCAGUUUGUGUGUGUGGCGGGAGGACCGGGGGUGCGCCCUGUCGCUCAGCCCGGAGCUCACCCUCCGUUCUGCAGAAACGUUUUCUGUACGAGUAACGGUCAGCGUGCUCCUUCCUCUUGUGAUUCCAAGGGGGCCAGAAGCAAAGGCACCCGCACCCUUUCCUGCUGUGUCUCCAUUUCUAAAGAAUAAACGGUGAAGAGGUUCCCCCCGCUCGGCCGUGUGCUGUCAGCAGCUGAGUCCGAGCCGCGUGGGUGCCCCCUGCGGACGCCUGUGGACGGAUGGGCGGUCGUGUUACCGAGUCCCUUCUCGUUACCACUUGGGAGUCUGGGUGCAUUCCUCAGAGAACCGGCAACACACAAAACCGCACUUUUAAAAGCACUGUUUCUCUGCCCGAGGUGGGUGCAGUCCUGGAAAAGCCUUCUGACCGCUCCUUCCUAGCUUAGAGGCGCCAGCCUCUCUUUUCUCUAAACAUUGUUCAGUAUUUUGCAGUGUUUGUUAUCCUUUAGAAGAACGGGGACUGAAGUUGACCAGUUUUCUAUCUCCACUGAAUAACGUGGCGGAGUUCCGUGCCUUUGUGCAGGACUGCCUCCUGUGUUAAAAACCAGACCCUUCUCUAACCUUUCUCUAACUCCCUCAAGGCCCUUUUCUCAAAUCGUAUUUUUAAAAGGCUGUUUUGUGACCGAGCCGUUGAAUAGAGCGAUUAGAACUGCCGCUCAGCCCUUCCUCUCUCAGGAGGUUCCGUGUAACCGUCUGCGUUAAAACAGCAGGAACCAGACUCAGCUGAUGUGACUAUUCCAGGGUCAAAUCUCAAACUCUCUGAGCUGUUGGUUUCUCCGGUGCCCAUGUGGGCGCGUCCUGGGGCUGCGGAUCCUCGGGCCUACGCUCAGAGCCCGAGCACCUGUGCCUGGGGCCCGGGAACGUGCUUCCUGGGGCUCUGGGGGCCGGGGCCGCACCCUCGAAUUGCCGCCGCCACACAGCUUCCCUCCCUCGGAAACCUCUGUCCUCGUCUUUACCCUCUGCCCCUGAUCAGCUCCCAGAUACACAAGAUGUACAAAUGUAAACUUGUUGAUUUGAUUAAAAUUCUUUGCAUUCUU